CCUACAUCACGAACCUCAAUGCGCCGACAACAACCAUGGCUAUAAAUGCGUCGGCACAUCACUACUCGACCGAGCCAGACAUUCGGCUUGAGGACUAUCUAGACGACAAGCUCCAGUCCACCACCGACCUCGAAAGCCUCGAUAGCUUACUAGCAAGCGUCGAAGUCCAACGUAACCAGCUCCAGACGCAACUCGACGAUGCCACCAAAGAGCUCGAAGAUGCUCGACGCGCCGCCCAAGAUCGACAAGGAGGGCUUACAUGGUCGAUCGAAGAGUUCCACAAGCUACAAGAAAGCAUUGACAUGCGUUUGAAGAUAGUUGCCGAGUCUAACGCACCCGAUGAAGCAAUACGACGUCUCGAACAACCUAUGAAGCAGCUGCAUAAAGUCGAACUUGCCUACCAAUAUGUGUCGCUGUUGCAAGAUGUUGAGAACCUACGAUUGGAAGCCCGAUCUCACCUACCCCAGAGCCCGAAAGCAGCAUUACAACCUUACUCGACACUCAAGAAGCUAGGUGUACGGUUAAGAGAGCUACAAGCUAGAGCAGACGAGGCGGCUACGCAUUUAGUGGAUUAUGUCGAAAAGGUGACAGAAGAUCUAUGGAAUGAGAUGAAAGACACUAUGUCCAAAGAGCUGGAAAAUAUUCUACAGAAGCGCAAUUGGCCACAGGGAGUUGAUACGGGCGCCGAAAUGGACGAUGAGUGGCUGCAAUGCUUCGAGAAGUUGAUCGAUCUCCAAGUACCCGAGGUUCUCCUAUCCGAGAAGGUCGUGACAUUGCUGCCUUUCGAAGUCAUGGCAAAACCCUUCGUCCAGUGGUUUCGAUUCCAAUUUAUGAGCAACAACGCGACCAGCGGUCCUCAGUCAUUUGGGACAUUUUGCAUCCCCCAAUUUCUAUCGCUCGUUGAUAAAUGGGAAAGCUUCUUUAGAGAAAACGUAGGCUAUGUACUAGCAUCUCGAUUCCACGAAACAAAAGUACGGGAUUUAUCGGCGUACAUGGAUCCGGCCUGUGCCCUCGUCACAGCGUUGUUACCCGUGAUGAGCGAGAAGAUUAAUACUAUGGUCCAGCAUGGGCUAAAGAAUCCGCAAUUUUUCAGCAGCCUCAUGGUUCAACUUAUGGAUCUUGAUGACGAGAUUCGCUCUAGAUUCGAUUAUGACGGCGGUGACUCGGAUCAGGGCUGGGCUGGAUUAACAUCUCAAGUACUGGAGAAACAUUUUGAAGAUUGGUUCAAGGCGGAAAAAGACUUUGCUCUUGAGCGUUACCACGCCAUUACGAAUUCACUCGACGCUCGCAACAUUGACUACGACUACAGCGGCAACGGUAAAAUGAAGCCCACCUUCGGUGCAGUGAGAGUAACGGAUUUACUGAAAUCCGUCACGUCCCAAUAUGAGCGAGUUCGGAGAUUCUCCCAUAAACUCCGAUUCCUUAUUGAUAUCCAACUUGAAAUCUUGGAUGAUUAUCACGAUCGCUUUAAAGAUUCUUUAGAUACUUAUUACACGAUUACUUCUACUCUGGGCCGCACUCUUCACGGUUUGACCAAGGAACAAGCUGUGGCUCUAGAAGGAACAGGCGCGUUUGAGACUCUAUGCAAGGUAUUGGGUAGUUCCGAUCAUAUUAUUGCCACAUUGAAGGAUUGGAGUAAUGAAGAGUUCUUCGUUAGCUUGUGGGAGCAACUUCAGACAAGGGCUAGACGAACCAACGGUGAUGGUAAUAUCGCUAGCGGGAUGAGUUAUGAGGAUGUUAAAGACAAGACCUCGGCUGAUGUUGGUUCCGACGGCGAUGGUGGCAUUUUGUUUGACGAGACGAUCGCGGCGUAUACUCGCCGUCGCAAGACUGCCGAAGAAUAUCUGGUCACAGCCUUGGUUGAUUCGCACCAAAAAGCAUUUCGCCCAUACAUCGCAAAGGCUCAAUGGGUCACUAUUAGCGAUAACACACAUGUUGAAACCUCCCAACUUUCGGUGACUCCCGAAUUGGAUGAACCUUUAACGAUACUCAAGCGAAACCUCGCUUUCCUCGCUACCACUCUAAGUACUGCAGUUUAUCGCCGAGUAUGGCGCGAAUCGCUUGAAAAGCUGCAAGAUAUGCUUUGGACGAAUGUACUCUUGACGCAGAGUUUUACAACACUCGGAGCGGCCCAAUUUGCAAGAGAUUUAGAAGCUAUCGGUUCCCUCAUAGACCGAAACAUUCCGGAUGGUUCAAUAGCACUGGGCACAUUACAGGACGGCAUACAACUACUAAACUUGCCACUAGAAGCCGAGAAUGGAGGAGUAACUCUCCAACAAGCAAGCGACCGUGUAUUCACAGAUAACGCCGAAGCCAAGAAACUGUUAGCAGAGCUAGGGUUGGAAUCGCUUACCCCGGUUGUUGCUCGAAAGAUUCUACAGAGGCGAGUCGAAAAUAGUGAAUAAAAAUCUUCGAAUUUUUGCCUACCCUACAAUAGGCACCUAAAUCUAUUGCAAUUUGCGCCAACCCACAUUUGAUGUGUUGAAUUGCUCCUCGAUCUAUCAACCACAAUAGUCCUAUCCCCAUAGUCCCCCUAUUUGAUCUCAAGCAUCUUUGGUUGAAACCCAACAACGCCUUUAUAUCUUCCGUAUAUCAUCACCCAUUCGUAUUUACUUUCCCACCCUCAUCCAUAAACCCUUCACUUUUCCCCUUAACUAAUAGCACGCAUCGUAGCCUCAACAACAGCAAACGUCCCCGCAC